UUCGUGCACCAUUCUUUUCACUUCUUCAUCACCAAUUGUCGGAUUGAAGCAGGCUGCACGGUGCAGGUAGAUUACUCCUUGGAAGGUGUGUCAACAGGCCGCCCCUUUUCGACGCCUAGAGAAACAGCUCCGUGAAGAGGGUUCGAGGGCAUGGCUGCCAAACGCCAGGUAUCACGGGCAGCUUCUGUGCCCCAACAGAAGCCUGCCUACGAAUUCUUUGGCCCACCGGGUGCAGCCCUGAUCUCCUUUGGGCUUCCUCUCUUCUGUUAUGUUUUGACCUUCUUCUGUAACGAUAUUUCCGGCUGUCCUGCACCUUCUCUUCUGCAUCCCUCAACGUUAACUUUGGAGCAAUUGAAGCGGGAAGUUGGGUGGCCGGGAUUUUCUGGUCUCCUCAACACCAACGCUGUUGUUGGCACUACUGCGUAUUAUCUGCUGAAUUUGGCGCUUUAUGCGUUCCUUCCUGCGGAUACGCCUGAGGGGACCGAGCUCAGGACCGGUGGAAGACUGAAGUAUCGCUUUAACGCUUUCAGCUCCGCUCUUUUCACGUUCGCGAUUCUGGCAGCUGGCACGCUUGUUGAGGGAGCUGAGUGGCCGGUGUGGACCUUCAUCACCGACAAUUAUGUUCCCUUGCUUACUACCAACAUUCUCAUUGCUUAUGCGCUGGCUACUUACUGCUAUCUGGCUUCCUUCUCCGUAAAACACCCCAAAGAUCCCAAUAACCGCGAGCUGGCUAUCCCGGGUACCACUGGAAAUGUUCUCUACGAUUGGUUUAUUGGCCGCGAGCUGAAUCCCCGGGUCAAGCUCCCUAUCUUCGGUGAGGUGGAUAUCAAAGCCUGGAACGAGCUCCGCCCUGGUCUUCUUGGGUGGGUCAUUCUCGACCUGGCGUUCGUCAUGCAACAGCAUCGCAAUUUUGGCAGGGUCACCGACUCAAUCCUGCUUAUUACCAUUGCUCAGACGGUCUAUGUCCUGGACGCUUUCUAUAUGGAGCCAGCGAUCCUGACUACGAUCGAUAUCAUCAACGACGGGUUCGGUGUUAUGCUUGCGUUCGGCGACCUCGUCUGGGUCCCCUUCACAUACAGUAUCCAGGCCAAGUAUCUAGCCAACUAUCCCGUCGAGCUUGGAUACUGGGGCAUUGCGGCGGUUCUCGCAGUUCAGGGCAUCGGGUACUACAUUUUCCGUUCCGUCAACAACGAGAAGAAUAGGUUCCGCACCAACCCCAACGACCCCAGGAUCAAGCACCUGAAGUACAUCGAAACAGCUGCUGGAUCCAAGCUCCUCAUCACCGGAUGGUGGGGACGCGCCCGCCACAUCAAUUACCUUGGCGACUGGCUUAUGAGCUGGUCAUACGUUCUGCCUACUGCCAUGGCGGGAUAUGUUAUUCAAACUACGGCUACGCAUCCCAUUACUGCCACCCAGAAGGAUGCGGUCUUUUUCCGCAACUCAUACGGCAAAUAUGUCGUCCCGGGCGAGGCCAAGGGUUGGGGCAUGGUCUUCACCUACUUUUUUAUGCUGUACUUUGCCGUCCUGCUGGUGCACCGUGAGAGGAGGGAUGAGGAGAAGUGCAAGAAGAAGUACGGCAAGGAUUGGGAGAGGUACUGCGAGUUAGUGCCGUACAGGAUUAUUCCCUACGUCUACUAGAAUCUAGAGGACGGGGAAGGAAGGGAAGAUGCAAUGCUACUAGGCAAAGUUAAGUCUGGUUGAAGACAUGCAUCUCAUGAGAUAGGUACGCAGAGGGCUAUGCUAUCGCAUUUGCGGUCGAAGACGUGCUCUCAGGGAUUAAUGGCGCUUUCUGGGUUGCAUUCACGGAUGAUAUGCUACUGCUUUGGUCAGUUGAAGACAUACAUCCAAUUUGGUUCAUUUGUUGCUUUUGGUUUAGGGGAUGGCAUGCUACCACCAGCGAGUGGUUGAAGACAUACAUCCAGGGUUCUCACUUAUAUAUUGCAUGGGGGAUGGCAUGCUAUCACCGGCCGGUGAUUGAAGACAUACAUCCGAUAUAAUAGCUAAUUAUGUACGAAUGGAAAGUUGUACGGACUAC